CUUUAAGCGGAUGUCACAGUAGUUGUCUGUGCGCAUGUGCUUGAAGACUUCCUUUUACCUGAUAAGUGACCAGCCGUAAGCCCUGAGCGAUCGGGUUGUGUUGUUAAAUCGUAAAAAAUCCAGCAGAAUGAUCAUCUAUAAGGAUAUUAUUACUGGUGAUGAGCUUUUUGGGGAAACUUGCAACCCCAAGCUGAUUGAAAAUGCUCCAUUCUAUGUGAUGGAGGCAAAGAUGAUUAAACAGAAACAGGGUGUAGACAACGUCAACAUUGGUGCCAACCCUAGUGCUGAGGAGGCUGAUGAGGGAGUAGAUGAGGCUGCUGUAGAGGAAGGUCUGGACAUCGUGCUGAUCAAUCGUUUGAAGGAAACUGCAUUUGGCAGCAAGAAGGAUUUUAUGAACUAUUGGAAGGCCCAUUUCGCAUGGUAUACCAGUUCGCGUUUAAAAGAGAAAUUGCAGGAAGUAAAACCAGAGCGGGCCGAUGUCUUCAAAACAGAAUGCAAGGCCAUGGUAGAGAAAUGGGUAGGCUCUUGGAAGGAUCUUAGUUUUUUCUUUGGAGAAUCAAACAACCCAGAGGCUGCACUCAUUGUUUUUGAGUGGAACGAUGAUGGCGUUAGUGGCAAGGCAUAUGUUCUUAAAGAUGCUGUCAUCUCAGAAAAAUAUUAACCCCACCAUCUGAGUUAGCAAUGGAUCCUUUUCUGCACCUGGCAUUCAUGAUGAGAACAAUAUUGUGCCGUGAUAUUUUGGGAUUAUCUGGACUGCAUCUCUGCUGUGACUGUAGUGACAGAACCUUUCUUAAGAAUUUACAUUAUAAAGUGCAUCAAAAGAACUGUUCAGCCAGCUUGUGGCAUUUAACAGAAUAGUAGGGUGUAAAGGUGGGAAACUUAACCAUUUCUGGUGGGAUGGCAGGGGGGUUGGCAUCAUUAAGGUCUUGGCUGGACACAACUAAUCUGCUGGUACAGUUAAAUAUAUAAGCUAAUGCCAAACUCACAACUUGUGUUGUCUGUUGAUCUGUCAGAGGUUUCUUCGAAGGACUGAUUGUUUUACCAUUGUCAUUCACAUAAACAUAACGCAGAACUUGUUCAAAGUGUGUUCCUCAUUUAUAUCACUGAACAUUUACCAAAAUAAUAGGAAAGCCAUGCACCUUGCAGAGCAAUAUGCGGAUCCUUUCAGUAAUGUACAUUUCUAUGGCACUUGACGAUAACAUUAGAAUCGCUAAUCUAAACAAUGGUUAAAGCAUACCACAACACCAGAUAAGGAAUCAAACGUGAAACAAUCUGCUCAACAAAUGAGCUUAAAACUCAAGAUAUUUCUUGAAUAAAUAUGGCAUG